AAUUAAUUAUAUUCUGUAAAAUAGCUGUCACAUUAAAUACAUAAGAUUCUCUUUACUUUUUUGUAAAAAAGGAAAAAUUCCAACGAGUAACUUUUCUUUUUCCUUUUCUCUGCAAUUAUGAUGAUUUUCUCUAUCUUAGCCGGCUCUAGAGAGAGAAAGACAGAGCUGAAACUCUUGUUAAAAAAAAAAAAAAAAAGUCUCUUGUUCAAACACUCGUUUACGCGUAGCCGAAAUAAAUUCAGAAAAUUUCCCAAAACCCAUCUCGAAAAGUCGAUAUAUAUUUUGAAACCAAGGAGACGAAGAUUUACACAGUUUGAGGAAGAAGAAGAAGAAGAUGAAGUACAAGCGUAAGCUAAGUCUCUCUGUUGUCUUCUUCUUCGUCUUCUAUCUCGCGGCGGUGACUUCAGAUCUAGACUCUGACCGGAGAGCUUUACUCGCUGUUCGUAAAAGUGUUCGUGGCCGUCCUUUGUUAUGGAACAUGAGUGCUUCUUCUCCUUGUAAUUGGCACGGAGUCACUUGCGAUGCGGGUCGGGUCACGGCUCUCCGAUUACCCGGAGCUGGUUUAUUCGGUUCUUUACCAAUCGGUGGAAUUGGUAAUCUAACCCAGCUUAAGACUCUCUCUCUCCGAUUCAAUUCUGUCUCUGGUCCAAUCCCUGCGGAUUUCUCAAACCUUGUUCUCCUCCGUUACUUGUAUCUCCAAGGUAAUGACUUUUCCGGUGAGAUUCCGUCGUUUCUCUUCACGCUUCCAAACCUAAUCAGACUUAAUCUUGGGGAGAAUAAGUUCUCGGGUCGGAUCCCGGAUAAUGUCAAUUCCGCGACCCGGUUGGUUACUUUGUAUUUAGAGAGGAAUCAACUCUCAGGUCCGAUCCCUGAGAUCACGCUUCGUCUUCAACAGUUCAAUGUUUCUUCUAAUCAAUUAAACGGAUCGAUUCCGAAUUCGUUGUCGACUUGGCCUCGAACCGCUUUUGAAGGGAACACUCUCUGUGGGAAGCCCUUAAACACUUGUGAGGCAGAGAGCCCCAGUGGUGACGCUGGAGGACCCAAUACGCCGCCGAAGGUAAAGGAUAGCGACAAAUUAUCCGCCGGAGCUAUUGCCGGAAUUGUGAUCGGUUGUGUUGUUGGUCUAUUGCUGCUUCUUUUGAUUCUGUUCUGUCUCUGUAGAAAGAGAAAGAAAGAAGAGAACGUUCCAGCUAGAAAUGUUGAAGCUCCUGUCGCCGCUCCGACCUCCUCAGCUGCUAUACCCAAGGAAAGGGUUGUUGAUGUCCCGCCGGCGAAGGCUACGGCGUCGGAGAGUGGUGUGGUGAGUAAAGAUUUGACCUUUUUCGUGAAAUCUUUCGGGGAAUUCGAUUUGGAUGGAUUGUUGAAGGCUUCAGCUGAGGUCCUUGGGAAAGGAACAGUUGGGUCUUCGUAUAAGGCAAGCUUUGAUCAUGGGUUAGUGGUGGCUGUGAAGCGUUUAAGAGACGUUGUGGUGCCUGAGAAAGAGUUCAGAGAGAGAUUGCAGGUUUUGGGAUCAAUGAGUCAUGCCAAUCUUGUGACUCUGAUCGCUUACUAUUUCAGCCGCGACGAGAAGCUUCUCGUCUUUGAGUACAUGUCUAGAGGAAGCUUGUCUGCGCUAUUGCACGGGAACAAAGGAAACGGGAGAACUCCGUUGAACUGGGAAACCAGAGCCGGUAUAGCCGUAGGAGCUGCAAGAGCGAUUAGCUACCUACAUUCGCGUGAUGCAACAACUUCUCAUGGGAACAUUAAGUCCUCGAACAUACUAUUAUCUGACUCCUAUGAAGCUAAGGUCUCUGACUACGGUCUUGCUCCUAUCAUUAGUUCUACAUCUGCACCUAACCGCAUUGAUGGCUACCGUGCCCCUGAAGUCACCGAUGCUCGCAAAAUCUCCCAAAAAGCUGAUGUCUAUAGCUUUGGCGUCCUAAUCCUUGAAUUACUCACAGGUAAGUCUCCAACGCAUCAGCAAUUGAAUGAAGAAGGCGUCGAUUUGCCAAGAUGGGUCCAAUCUGUUACCGAUCAACAAUCACCGUCCGAUGUGCUUGAUCCCGAGCUCACAAGGUACCAACCUGAGAGCAAUGAGAACAUCAUUCGUUUAUUGAAGAUCGGUAUGAGUUGUACGGCUCAAUUCCCAGAUAGUCGUCCUUCGAUGGCCGAAGUUACCAGACUCAUUGAGGAGGUUUCCCAUUCAUCUGGCUCCCCAAAUCCAGUAUCCGACUGAUUUUUGGGGGUCCAAAUUGAUUGAUUUGAAAAUUGUUUGGGGUUAAAUUGCAAUUUCUUGAAUAGUGUCGACCCCACUUCCCGCCUUUUUUUCCUUCUACUUUGUUCUUGUUCUAGUUUGUUCGUUAAUUCUUGAGCCUCAAAUUGAGAUGAGACCUAUAAGUUUGUUUGUUUCUUUCUACUUUUCUUAAUUUCCAAAGUUCCAAAAAAUGUCUAUAAAACUAUUGCUUAUGCUAAUUUUUGUAUAAUUACAUAGUUGAUUGCGUGUGGAUAAAUUGGUUUUUGUUUUCUU